AGGCAGGGAAGCUGCGGUGAGGGCUGGCAGCUGGAAGAGCCCUGAGCACCCAGCCCCCAGCCUGGCUCACACCCCAAAGCCUGGAGAGAGGCUGCUGCGCCAUUGACCUGUGGACUCCAGAGACUCCCGCUGUGCAUUCCUCUGAUCCAGAAGGUUUCCUGGAUUAUGUGAUGAGAAACCUGGGUUCGAACCCUAACUUGUCACCAACGUCCUGAGUGACCUGGGCUGUCCCGUCCCCUCUUGGAAUCUCCGUCUUCCAUCUCUUCGGCGAAGGGGUUGACUUAUAAGGAUGUUUUCUGCUCUGACGCUGUGAUUUGAAUUUUGUAUCUCUACGAGAUAUUCGAGAAGUCUGGCCAGCAGGAUGGAAUCUGAAAUAACAAUGGUUCUGGACUGGACUUUGUGCUCAGCGCAACUCAUCUUUGCCUGAGACCUAGGAGUGGUCCCAGGCUCUCCUGAUGUGUCACCAUGCUUGGCAUCUGCUCCUCCCCUUGCCCCCAUAUACCCAUGCUCUGAAGGGGAGUUCUCUUCCAUAGCAAAUCCGGGAGGAGCCGAGGAGCCAGGCCCUUUGUUCCAGACCCAGAAGCAGCCAUGGGGACCUGUGACAUUGUGACUGAAGUCAAUAUCUCAUCUGGCCCUGAGAGCAACACCACGGGCACCACAGCCUUCUCCAUGCCCGGCUGGCAGCUGGCACUGUGGGCCACAGCCUACCUGGCCCUGGUGCUGGUGGCCGUGACGGGCAAUGCCAUCAUCAUCUGGAUCAUCCUGGCCCACCGGAGGAUGCGCACAGUCACCAACUACUUCAUUGUCAAUCUGGCGCUGGCCGACCUCUGCAUGGCUGCCUUCAAUGCGACCUUCAACUUUGUCUAUGCCAGCCACAACAUCUGGUACUUUGGCCGUGCCUUCUGCUACUUCCAGAACCUCUUCCCCAUCACAGCCAUGUUUGUCAGCAUCUAUUCCAUGACUGCCAUUGCUGCCGACAGGUACAUGGCCAUCGUCCAUCCCUUCCAGCCUCGGCUUUCAGCCCCCGGCACCAAGGCGGUUAUUGCUGGCAUCUGGCUGGUGGCUCUCGCCCUGGCCUCCCCCCAGUGCUUCUACUCCACCGUCACCAUGGAUCAGGGUGCCACCAAGUGCGUGGUGGCCUGGCCCGAAGACAGCGGGGGCAAGACGCUCCUCCUGUACCACCUCGUGGUGAUCGCCCUCAUCUACUUCCUGCCGCUCGCGGUGAUGUUCGUCGCCUACAGCGUCAUCGGCCUCACGCUCUGGAGGCGCGCAGUGCCCGGACAGCAGACCCACGGUGCCAACUUGCGCCACCUGCAGGCCAAGAAGAAGUUUGUGAAGACCAUGGUGCUGGUGGUGGUGACGUUUGCCAUCUGCUGGCUGCCCUACCACCUCUACUUCAUCCUGGGCAGCUUCCAAGAGGACAUCUACUGCCACAAGUUCAUUCAGCAGGUCUACCUGGCACUCUUCUGGUUAGCCAUGAGCUCUACCAUGUACAAUCCCAUCAUCUACUGCUGCCUCAACCACAGGUUUCGCUCUGGAUUCCGGCUUGCCUUCCGCUGCUGCCCGUGGCUCACACCCACCGAGGAAGAUAAGCUCGAGCUGACUCCCACGCCCUCCCUCUCCACGAGAGUCAAAAGAAGCAGCCUCAGGCCUUCACCAGAUGCAGCUGCCCAAUCUUGGAUAUUCCAGCCACCAGAAUCAUGAGCCAAAUAAACCUCUUUUCUUUAUAAAUUACCUAGUCUCGGGUAUUCCAUCUAGUCUCGGGUAUUCCAUGAAAGCAACACAAAUGGACUAAGACAGGUGCCUGCUGAACCCUGAAGCCUUGUCUGGCUGUGGAACAAGGUGUAGCACCCUUUGAGAAGUAGCCAGUCGAGAAGACCGAUCUGAAAGUUCAGCUCAUGCCCAUCUUUCAGUACACCAAUGCAAAGACAACAUGGGGCCAGAACUCCAGAAAGGAUGCUGACUCUAAGAGGACUCAGCCACCCAUCUCAGAGAGCACUUCAGGGAAUCCAGUAAGGGUCAGAAAAGGCAGUGUGAGCUGAUAUUUAUCUAAUCUAGGAGAUGCAAGCUCAAAUGCCUUCCUGGGGCACACAAGAAUAUGUAUAAAAGAAAAGCUGCAAAUGUGAUGAUAAAAGGCAACUGACUUCCAGCCUCAGUUUGAGCUAUUAGGGAGUGGUGGGGGCCAUGGCAACCUGGAGAGGAUAGGCAUUCAAAGGGGACAGGAACUACUCAGCUCUGGACAAGCGUUGCCACAUGGUAAUGGGAGCCCACUGUUGCUAGAUAUUCCUAAAUCUUUCGAGAGAAGCUAUAAAUCCACAUUUGUAUGUGAGUCUUCCAGAUUUGUUGAAUUUGACCCACAUUUUUGUAAACUUUGCAUAAGCUAAACAAAACAUAUCCAUGGGCAAUGCAACCAUGACACUGACUCACCAUCAGGAUGCGGAUACAAAGGAGGAAACUUCUUAUUUCACGAAGCCCAGUGACUGAGUCAGCGGAGGGCUUCUCUGUCUCAGUAUUUAAGAUGUAAGAUACAGCCCAGGUAGAUGGUGAUUAAGAGUCAAAAAAGCCAGCUGUUUCCCCUCAGGCAAGUCACUGUGACCUCUGCCCAGUAUCGUCACUACUUCACAGGGAUGCUGUGAGGAACGAUGGGAGUCAUGCCUAUAAGCUAGCAGGCCAGGCCAGAUUAAGUGCCCAAUACAUGGUAGCCAGGACUUUUUUUUUUUUUUUUUUGAGACAGGGUCUCUGUCUG